GCAAAGAGUUGUGAAUUGCACUGUUGUAAGACAAAAGAAAUUUGGGAAGCAUAUUCAGAAGAAUAAAAGGAGAAUUGAUACAUUUUUCAUCUGAUCUCAGUUUUGAUUUAACUGAUUAAACAAUGGGCGUUGGACUGAUAAUAUCAACGUUCUUGCUUCUAACAGCAAUGCAAACUCCAAUAACGAUGGGACAAAACACAACCACCACAACAGCUACAACUACUCCAACAUCAGAACCAACAACUACUACAGCAACUCAAACAACUGCAGCACCAACGACGACAGUAUCAGCUCCAACAACUACCACAGCGGCACCAACAACUACAACAGCAGCUACAACAACUACCACAGGAGCUCUAACAACUACAACAGCAACUCAAACCACUACAGAAGCUACAACUGCUACCACGCCAGGUACAACAUCGACAACAUCAGAUGUAACAACCACCACAGCUGCUGAAACUACUACAACAUCAGUUCCAACAACUACUGCAGCAGCUCAAACCACUACAGCAGCUCCAACAACCACCACAGCCGCUGCAACUACUGCAACACUAGUUACAACAACCACUACGGCAGCUACAACAAGUACCACAGCGGCACCAACAACCACUACAGCAGCUCAAACCACUACAGCAGCUACAACUGCUACCACACCAGUUACAACAUUGACAACAUCAGAUGUAACAACCACCACAGCAGCUGCAACUACUACAACAUCAGCUCCAACAACUACUACAGCAGCUCAAACCACUACAGCAGCUACAACUGCUACCACGCCAGGUACAACAUUGACAACAUCAGAUGUAACAACCACCACAGCAUCUGAAACUACUACAACAGCCGCUCUAACAACUACUACAGCAGCUCAAACCACUACAGCAGCUACAACUGCUACCACACCAGGUACAACAUCGACAACAUUAGAUGUAACAACCACCGCAGCAGCUGAAACUACCACAACAUCAGUUCCAACAACUACUACAGCAGCUCAAACCACUACAGCAGCAACAACCGUUACCACACCAGGUACAACAUUGACAACAUCAGAUGUAACAACCACCACAGCAUCUGAAACUACUACAACAGCAGCUCCAACAACUACCACAGCGACACAAACAACUACAACAGCAGCUACAACAACAACCACAGCAGCUCUAACAACUACAACAGCAACUCAAACCACUACAGAAGCUACAACUGCUACCACGCCAGGUACAACAUCGACAACAUCAACUGUAACAACCACGACAGCCGCUGGAACUACUUCAACACCAGCUACAACAACCACCACAGCAUCUGAAACUACUACAACAGCAGCUCUAACAACUACUACAGCAGCUCAAACCACGCCAGGUACAACAUCGACAACAUCAGAUGUAACAACCACCGCAGCAGCUUCAACUACUACAGCAGCUCAAACCACUACAGCAGCUCCAACAACCACCACAGCCGCUACAACUACUGCAACACUAGUUACAACAACCACUACGGCAGCCACAACAAGUACCACAGCGGCACCAACAACCACUACAGCAGCUCAAACCACUACAGCAGCUACAACUGCUACCACACCAGUUACAACAUCGACAACAUCAGAUGUAACAACCACCACAGCAGCUGCAACUACUACAACAUCAGCUCCAACAACUACUACAGCAGCUCAAACCACUACAGCAGCUACAACUGCUACCACACCAGGUACAACAUUGACAACAUUAGAUGUAACAACCACCGCAGCAGCUGAAACUACCACAACAUCAGUUCCAACAACUACUACAGCAGCUCAAACCACUACAGCAGCAACAACCGUUACCACACCAGGUACAACAUUGACAACAUCAGAUGUAACAACCACCACAGCAUCUGAAACUACUACAACAGCAGCUCCAACAACUACCACAGCGGCACAAACAACUACAACAGCAGCUACAACAACAACCACAGCAGCUCUAACUACAACAGCAGCUACAACAACAACCACAGCAGCUCAAACAACUACAACAGCAACUCAAACCACUACAGCAGCUACAACUGCUACCACGCCAGGUACAACAUCGACAACAUCAACUGUAACAACCACCACAGCAUCUGGAACUACUGCAACACCAGCUACAACAACCACCACAGCAUCUGAAACUACUACAACAUCAGCUCUAACAACAACUACAGCAGCUCAAACCACUACAGCAGCUACAACUGCUACCACGCCAGGUACAACAUCGACAACAUCAGAUGUAACAACCACCGCAGCAGCUCCAACUACUACAACAUCAGCUCCAACAACUACUACAGCAGCUCAAACCACUACAGCAGCUGCAACCGUUACCACGCCAGGUACAACAUUGACAACAUCAGAUGUAACAACCACCACAGCUGCUGAAACUACUACAACAUCAGUUCCAACAACUACUACAGCAGUUCAAACCACUACAGCAGCUACAACUGCUACCACGCCAAUUACAACAUCGACAACAUCAGAUGUAACAACCACCACAGCUGCUGAAACUACUACAACAGCAGCUCUAACAACUACUGCAGCAGCUCAAACCACUACAGCAGCUACAACCGUUACCACGCCAGGUACAACAUUGACAACAUCAGAUGUAACAACCACCACAGCAUCUGAAACUACUACAACAGCAGCUCUAACAACUACUACAGCAGCUCAAACCACUACAGCAGCUACAACUGCUACCACACCAGGUACAACAUCGACAACAUUAGAUGUAACAACCGCAGCAGCAGCUGAAACUACCACAACAUCAGUUCCAACAACUACUACAGCAGCUACAACUGCUACCACGCCAGGUACAACAUUGACAACAUCAGAUGUAACAACCACCACAGCAUCUGAAACUACUACAACAGGAGCUCCAACAACUACCACAGCGGCACCAACGACUACAACAGCAGCUACAACAACAACCACAGCAGCUCUAACAACUACAAUAGCAACUCAAACCACUACAGCAGCUACAACUGCUACCCCACCAGUUACAACAUCGACAACAUCAGCUCCAACAACCACCACAGCCGCUGCAACUACUACAACAUCAGCUUUAACAACUACUACAGCAGCUCAAACCACUACAGCAGCUGCAACUGCUACCACGCCAGGUACAACAUCGACAACAUCAGCUGUAAACACCACCACAGCAUCUGCAACUACCACAACAUCAGCUUCAACAACUACCAUGACAGCAGCACCAACACCUGCUACAGCAGCUCAAACCACUACAGUAGCUACAACUGCUACCACACCAGCUACAGCAUCGACAACAUCAGCUCCAACAACCACCGCAGCAACUGCAACUACUACAACAUCAGCUCCAACAACUACUACCUCAGCAGCUACAAUAACUACUACAGCAACACCAACAACUAGUACAGCAUCUCAGACCACUACUGCAGCUACAACUGCUACCACACCAGUGACAACAUCGACCACCUCAGCUGUGACAACCACCACAGCAGCAACAACAAGUACCACAGCUGCACCAACAACUACUACAGCGGCUCAAACAACUCCAGCAGCUACAACUGCUACCAUGCCAGCUACAUCAUCGACAACAUCAGCUGUAAACACCACUACAGCAGCUGCAACUACUACAACAUCAACUCCAACAACCACUACUACACCAGCUAUAAUAGCUACCACAGCAGUACCAAAAACUUCUAUAGCAUCUCAAACCACCACAGCAACUUCAGCUACUACCACACCAGCUACAGCAACUACUACAGCAUCUACAACAAUGACUACACCAGCUACAACAUCUACAACAGCUGGUCCAACCACCAGAACAUCUGCAACAACAACAUCUGCUCAAACAAUCACCACUGCAACUCCAAUAAUAAUCUCAUCUGCAACUAAUACAGCUGCUACAGCAACCACGACAACAGGUCCAGCUCUUACCACAAUUGCUCCAAUAACUAUCACAGCAGCUUCAACAACUUCCACUCUCAGUUCAAUAAGUACAACAACAGCAACAACAACCACAUCUGUAGCCACAACCGCCAGAUCCCUGGCAACUAGAUUUGUUGUUUUCAGAUCCAUUCAGAGCACUUUUACAAAGGACUUGUUGGAUUCAUCAUCUGAAGCUUUUAAGAAUCGAUCUUCAUUAAUAAAGAGACAGCUAGAACCUGUUUACAAAAACGCAUUCGGUUCAUCAUUUGUUGCCUUGAAUGUUCUGAGCUUCAGUCAAGGAUCAGUCAUAAACAACAUGGAACUUCAGUUUGUAAACUCAUCUGCACCAAACAACACUGAGAUUAGAAAUGUUUUGAUCAAUACAGCCCCAAACGUUACAAACUUUGACAUUGAAUUGGCCUCCAUCAAAGUCAGUGACACACCUGCUGCAUCAACUACUACAACUGUUGUACCAACUACUACAUCUACUGCAACUUCAGCUUCAUGUGGAGUAUGCCACAAGAUUAAUUCCAGCACUGUUUUCCCCCUGAUGCUGCUAUUAUGGCUUCUAUCAAGCCAGCAAUAGCAUCUGUGCUAUUCCAUAUGAAUGGCAAGCAGAAAAUGAUCUCUUUUACUGCAACUCUUUAUUUAUUAUUAUUUAAUUGAGAAAGAAUAGAUUUGUUAUGGAUUUGAUUUGGUACCCUGAAAUGAACAAAAUGACACAGACUUCUUUAAUGCAGCCUGUUAAUUGAAUCAUAAAUACAAAAUCUGACUUAAGGAUACAGGGACAAAAUAUAUAGGUGCUUCUGUAUCUUAGAGGAUUGGUAGUUUAUGCUGUUCAAUUCAGUUUUAUUUAUAUGAAACUAAAACACACUAACAGUCAUCUCAAGGUACGUUAUAUUGUAAUGUUAAGAUAAAGACCCUACAGAGACCUUCCUGCUUGUAAGCGUGUCUCUGCCCACAUUUCUGUUAACUGUUAUUCUUUCAUUUAGAAAAAAGACUAAACAUGAAAAGAUAUAUAGAAACAACAGCUCUUUUUUAUAAUUUCCAAAUGCUUGUAAAUUAUAUGUUGUGGGUAUAAUAACAGUGUAAAUAGUAGAUCUACACGUCUCCCCCCAACACAGCACUGGCACUUUUCUUCUUUAUAUAAUUGUAUAUUUAUAAUAAGAUUUAUAUUCUGUGACAUGUCUUUCAAUUGUUACAUUUUAUGUAAGAAAGUCACAAUGGCCACAAUACAGAAUCUAUGAGAAAUUUAAA